AUGAAUUUGUCGGCGAGUUUUGGCGGCAAUUCGGUCGUUCAUCUGCCGCGGUGUGGCUCGUGCAGCGGCGUUCUUUUCUCUUGUCCGGCCAUUGCGAGCUGGAAAUUCAGCUCUCGCUGCUCGCUGAGGGGGAACUUAAAGGUCAUUUGCAGAGUGAGCGGGCCAGAGGCAGAGCCCGAGAGUAACAAUGACGAGGAAAGGAACAUAGAUGGAGAAAUCGAGGGAACUGUGUCGAGUGGUUCGAGUUCCGGUAUUAGCUCAGAGCAGGGUUCUCAGAAUGUGGUUAAUGAUCAAUCUCUUGAGUCAAAAAGCUUGAUGAAUAGCGACACUAAUGUAGAAACAGGUGCAGGGGCCAAAUUUGAGGAUGUUAAAGACGAUCAAGUUGCAAGCGGGUCGCCACUUCCAGGUGUGAAGAUGGAAUUUGCCGAAUCCAUCAGAAUCCCAAAGGAAACUGUUGAUAUUCUGAAGGACCAAGUGUUUGGUUUCGACACGUUCUUUGUGACCAGCCAAGAACCAUAUGAAGGUGGGAUAUUAUUCAAGGGAAAUCUACGAGGGCAAGCUGCGAAAAGCUACGAGAAAAUUACAAGAAGGAUGAAAAACAAGUUUGAAGAUCUUUAUAAAGUGUUCCUUCUAAUUAAUCCAGAGGAUGAUAAACCUGUUGCUGUUGUUGUACCAAAGAAGACAUUGCAACCAGAUACCACUGCUGUUCCAGAAUGGUUUGCCGCUGGGGCUUUCGGAUUAGUCACUGUAUUCACCUUACUUCUUCGUAAUGUUCCUGCUUUACAGACUAAUAUAUUAUCAGUAUUUGACAAUGUUGAGUUGUUGAAAAACGGCCUUCCUGGAGCUCUUGUAACUGCUCUUAUUAUGGGAGUACAUGAAAUCAGUCAUUUUCUAGUUGCUAAAGAAGCUGGAAUUAAGCUUGGAGUUCCUUACUUUGUGCCAAGUUGGCAGAUUGGAUCAUUCGGUUCCAUAACAAGGAUUCGCAAUAUCGUGCCCAAACGUGAGGAUCUCUUGAAAGUUGCAGCAGCAGGUCCUUCAGCAGGGUUUGCUUUGGGCCUUGUGCUUUUGCUUUUGGGAUUCUUAUUGCCUCCGGCUGAUGAACUUGGUCUUGUUGUAGAUCCUUCUGUUUUUCAUGAAUCACUUCUAGUCGGUGGUCUAGCCAAGCUACUUCUUGGUGAUAUUCUAAAAGAAGGCACCCAGUUAUCGGUAAAUCCACUAGUUAUAUGGGCUUGGGCCGGGCUUCUCAUAAAUGCUAUUAACAGCAUUCCUGCAGGAGAGCUAGACGGUGGCCGGAUUUCUUUUGCCAUCUGGGGAAGAAAGGCCUCAUCUCGAUUUACUUCAGCCUCGAUCGUGCUUCUUGGGCUGGCCUCGUUGUUUAGCGACGUAGCCUUUUACUGGGUGGUUUUGAUAUUCUUCCUGCAAAGAGGCCCGAUAGCGCCUUUGUCAGAGGAAGUCACGGGCCCUGACGACAAGUACAAGGCCCUUGGGAUAACGGUUUUGCUAGUUGGGCUCUUGGUGUGCUUGCCAUAUCCAUUUCCAUUUACAAGUAAUGUUAUUGACAGUUUUUAG